AAUGUUUUUAAGCAGUCGUUCCGCACAACAAUGACUUCUAUUAAGCGCACUUCUUUUGUAACUGCAAUUUUUCACUAUGAGUCCCAUGUUGGGAUUAUUAUUUAAAGAUUGGGAACCAACCUUUGUGAUAGUCAUCUAAGUUAGAGUCAUGUUAUAUAAUUUAAGCAGGUUAUAAAGUUGCUGACAGAGGAGGAAAUUGAAAGUGACUAAUGACGACGAUGCGUUUAAAAAAACCUCUUGUCAAUUUUAAUCGAAUUAACUGGUUUACGUUUUGUAUAUGUAUCUAUCUAUUAUAUAUAUAAAUAUAUAAUUUUUUCAUAUGAUGUAUGAUGCAUGUUAAAAUUGUGAUUAAUGUACAUAAUUAUUUCUUUAAAAUUGCACCGUUUAUUUUUUCUUACAAUUAGAGUUUUUGUUGUUAGAAUUGUUUUGUUACUAGUCGCUUCUUUGUUACUUCCCAUGGAAGAUCCACAGUGACACGUCACUACUUGUUGCUAGCAUUUUGGCUGACAGUCAGAUAGAUAUGGUCGUACGGCCAUCAUUAUCUGAAUGUAAAUUUUUGGAUUUACUUCAACAUUGAAACUAGGUUUGACAGCUGCAUCAGGGAUAUUUAUUUUAAUUUGUUUAUUGAAGAUUUACACGGUCUGUUUAGUAUUAAAACAAAAUGAAUUUAUCAACAGAAAACUUGCACUUACUUGACGCUGUUAAAUGUAGCUACUGCAGUCAAACAUUAGAGGAACCAAAAAUUUUAGAUUGUAACGAUACCUUUUGUAAAGAAUGUCUUGAUGGCUUGCUGGUGUUUAGACAUAAUGGGAGCGCUACCAUACAAUGUCCUGAAGAACUCUGUGAAGAAGAGACAUCAUUAGAAUCCAGUGAAACUACAAACUCUCUUGCAACAAAUCACAAUAUGUCGGCUGUUGUGAAAAGUCUGUCACAUGAGAACACAAAGUAUUUGUGCGAAGAAAGUUCCAAUUGUAAAUCAUCCGUGACGAGGUCAUGUACAAAAUGUCAAACCAACACUUGCGAUGAUUGUUGGCUUUCACAUGAUUGCGUUGAUGCUGAUUACACCCCAAUCAUAUUUCACAGGAGAGCACAAACCAUCCUACCUUUUUGUACAAGUCAUCGCAGCAUAGCUAAUGUGAUUUGCUCUGAUUGUGAUGGUGCAUACAUCUGCAGAUAUUGCCAGCAUCGAACCCAUGUAGGUCAUAAAAGUGACACAAUACAAACAGAAGCUGGGAAAAUAAAGCAUAGUCUUUUAAAGCAAGUAGAAGAUGGCGAAAAGAAACGACAAAGAGCGAAGAUUUUGAUUCAAGGCUGUCACAAGCAAAUCGAUGAUAUCAAAAUGUCAAUGGAUGAGUUUAGUACUGAGCUAGACAGACGCGUGCAAACACGGCUUAGCAAAUACUUUACCUUUCUGGAGGAUGAAAAGAAAAGGAUUCUCGACGAAUGGCAACAUUUUGUUAAUCGGCUAAAAGCAGAAGUCGAAAUUUUUGACGAAUCAUCGAAAGUAAGCAAUGUGAUUUCACGUUAUUUUGAGAAGGUGAAGAGCAAAGGAGAUUAUUUUAUUGUCGCUGGUAAAGUCAACAUUGCAGAAAGACUGAAGAGUUUAAUUCCACAAAAUGUCCCCCAAAUGCAAGCUGUGCUAAAAGAUGUUGAAGAUAAUACGUUUGAAUGUAAUCCCCUUGGAAAAUUAAGUGUUACUUUUCAAGAAAUACCUUUGAAUGACAGUUUAAAUCAAUAUGUGCGAUGGGAAAAAACUGCUUCAGAGAAUCUCAAAAAAGUUCUUCUUCGUUCUUCAGCUAAAGGGACAUUUAAAGCACGUUUUAAGCCUGUAACAAGUACUGAAAGUACUGUCAAGGCACGAUUUCAAUGCAUUCAGCCAAUGGAUGAAUACAAACAUUUUUCUGUGGAGGUAAUAUUUAUUUUUCGUUCUUAUGUGUUCAUUUAUAUUCCUUGCUUGUCUGUUUAUUUCUUUUUUUUUUUGUUUUGUUUUCAGGAACUACGUUUACAAGAUUAUAACAUUUUUAAUUUAUCGAAAAUUUUAAAGUCUGAUAUUCCAUUCCUUAAACAGAAAACACGUUUUGGAUAUCCAAACAUUGCAUCAAGUUCUGCUACCGCUUUAACUUCUUUUGAUUUCACUGGUUUUGGUUUCACAAGUGCGCCUACAUUUGGAACUGCAGGAGCAUUUGGUGCUGGUUCUUCUUUUGGAUCCACUGGUUCAUCUACAUUCGGCUCAACAAAUGCACCUAGCCCUUUCACUACACGUGCUCCAACAUUUGGAACUGCAGGAGCAUUUGGUGUUGGUUCUUCUUUUGGAUCCAUUGGUGGUUCAUCUACGUUUGGCUCAACAAAUCCACCUAACCCUUUCACUACACGUGCUCCUACAUUUGGAACUGCAGGAGCAUUUGGUGUUGGUUCUUCUUUUGGAUCCACUGGUUCAUCUACGCUUGGCUCAACAAAUGCACCUAACCAUUUCACUACACGUGCUCUAACAUUUGGAACUACAGGAGCAUCUGGGUUUGAUUCAAGUUUUUGGUCACCAUUUAACACACCUGGUGCAUUUACCUCUGAUUCCACAAGAAUGUCAUCGCGUACUUCCACUACUGCGCGUAAACUUGACAACAUUGAUGUAAAGUCAUAUGAUUCAUUCUUUGAGUUUGGUAAAACAGCACCUACUACAGAUAACUUCUAUUUUCAAGACAUAUCUAAGUUGAGUGGAAAUAGCAACCCGCAGUUACCUACGGCAGAAAAUGUGAAGUCAUCAGAAGUUGAUAUGUUGCAAUAUGACGACAGUUCUUUUCUUGACAGCGACUUCUUAAAGUGCAGCUACCCAUAUGUAGAAAUGCUAGCUGCUAUCUCCGGCUUUCAUUGUCGAGACGAAUUUUUACUUUUUGAAACUGGAAGGCAGUUGUUCAGUUGGAAGUUACUCUUGAUCGCUGCACUUAGUAUAUCAACGUAACACUAUCUUCGUAAUACUUUGUGCGACUUGCAAACUGAAUGAUCAAUUGUGUUUAAU